AUGACGAUCGAUUUGAACAUCCCCUAUUCAGCAUGUGAAUUAAAAAGGGUUAAACGACUUGAGUUGGGAGUGUUGGAUCCUGAAAUAAUUAAAAAAAUAGGUGUGUGUGAAAUUGUAAAUGUAGAUUUAUAUAAAGAUGGUCUCCCAAGGGAAGGAGGUCUAAACGAUAUACGGAUGGGAACUAUUGAUUAUAAAACAUUAUGCGGCACAUGUAAUAUGAAUGUGAAAUAUUGCCCAGGUCAUUUUGGUUAUAUAGAAUUAGCAAAACCAAUGUAUCAUUAUGGAUUUAUGAAUGUUGUUCUUAAUGUGUUAAGGUGCGUAUGUUAUCACUGUGGUAGGUUAUUAUGUAAUAUGAAUAAUUCAAAAGUAAAAUAUAUUGAAAAGAUAAAAGUAAAUAGUUUGAGAUUAAAAAAAUUAUCAGAAAUAUGUCAAGGAAUAAAAAUAUGUGACCAUUCCACUGCACAAGAAGAUGAUGCUCUACAUCUGAAUGAUAAUGCAGUUGAUAGUUUCUACAAUAAUGAUUUAAGCAAUUUAAACAUGAACCAACAAAUGCUUUUAAAUACCAAUAAUUAUAGCAACAUUUUCGAAAUGGUCAAUAAGGAAGAUGUUGAUUGUGGUUGUGUGCAACCAAAAUAUUCAAGGGAAGGUCCCAAUAUGUAUAUUCAAUUUAUACAUAAUAGUGAAGAGGAUAUAGACGAAAGCAAAAGAAAGUUAAGUGCAGAAGAGGCGUUAGAAAUUUUAAAGAAAAUUCGAAAGGAAGAAAUGGCAAUUCUUGGAUUUAAUUCAGAUAGAUGUGUGCCAUCAUCAUUAAUUUUAACCUAUAUUGCCAUUCCUCCUCCUUGUGCAAGACCCUAUGUGCAGUAUGGAAAUCAAAGAAGUGAAGAUGAUUUAACGUUAAAAUUGUUAGAUAUAGUCAAAACGAAUAUACAGUUGAAAAGGCAAACAGAUAGAGGUGCCAAAUCGCAUGUUCUGCAAGAUCUAUGUUCCCUUUUACAGUUUCAUAUUACAACUCUUUUUGAUAAUGAUAUUCCUGGUAUGCCAAUUGCAACUACGAGAUCUAAAAAGCCAAUUAAAGCUAUUCGUACAAGACUGAAAGGUAAAGAAGGAAGACUCAGAGGAAAUUUAAUGGGUAAACGUGUGGAUUUCUCAGCUAGAACAGUAAUUACUGGAGACCCCAAUUUAAAUAUUGAUUACAUUGGUGUACCCAAAUCAGUCGCUAUGACAUUAACAUUUUGCGAAACAGUAACACCAUUAAAUUAUGAUAAUUUAAAAAAAUUAGUUGAAAGAGGACCAUAUGAAUGGCCAGGGGCCAAAUAUAUCAUUAGGGACAAUGGAACAAAAUACGAUUUGAGGCAUGUAAGAAAAAAUUCAGAGAGAGAACUAGAAUAUGGAUAUAAAGUAGAAAGGCACAUGACAGACGAGGAUUAUAUAUUAUUCAAUCGACAACCAUCUCUUCACAAAAUGAGUAUUAUGGGACAUAAGGCUAAAAUAUUGCCAUAUUCAACUUUUAGAUUAAAUUUAGCUGUUACUUCUCCAUAUAAUGCCGAUUUUGAUGGGGACGAAAUGAAUUUACAUCUGGCACAAUCACAUGAAACACGAUCAGAAAUAAAACAUCUGAUGAUUGUACAGAAGCAGAUAGUAUCACCACAGGGAAAUAAACCAGUUAUGGGGAUAGUACAGGAUUCUCUUUUAGCUAUAAGAAAGUUCACGAGGAGAGAUAAUUUUUUAACAAAGGAAGAAGUAAUGUCUCUUCUUAUUUGGAUUCCUUACUGGAAUCAUGUAAUUCCGACACCUGCCAUUAUAAAACCAAAGGCAUUAUGGACAGGGAAACAAAUUUUCUCCAUGUUAUUACAAUUUGAAGAUUUGGAAAAAUUGAACGAUCCGUUAAAUAGUGGAAAAGUGGGAGUUGGGGAUACCAACCUGAGAAUAGAUAAUGAAUUAGGAAGAGGAGCAGGAGCAGGUGGAAGCAGCACAGCACAACAGAAGAUGAUGGGCAGCACGCUCCUCCAACCUCAUAGCCCAUUAGCAAUCGGAGAUGUCAUGAACAUCAAUACAAAGAACCAACUAAAUAACAACGAAAUGAAUGGUACAAAUAAUCCAGAUGAUGGUGCCUUCAAAGGUGUAAGAGAAAGUUUGUAUAGGAAUGUAAAAAUUAAUUUAAUGAGAGAUUCAUCAACCUCUUGUAAGGAUGAUAAUCCAUAUUGUUCCAUAAAUGAUGGGAAAGUUAUUAUAAAAAAUAAUGAAUUGCUAUGUGGAAUUAUAUGUAAACGUACUGUAGGUUCAUCUAGCGGUUCUUUGAUUCACAUUUUAUGGCACGAAAUGGGUCCGGAUAAAACAAAAGAUUUUAUAUCAGCAUUACAAAAAGUUACAAAUAAUUGGCUUGAAUAUAUUGGAUUCACUGUAAGCUGUUCGGACAUUAUAGCCAGUAACAAAGUUCUAGAUAAGGUAAAAGAUAUACUGAAUAAAUCUAAAAGAGAAGUAGCAAAAAUUGUGAAAAAAGCACAAAGAGGAGAAUUAGAAUGUCAACCAGGAAAAUCACUCUAUGAAUCUUUUGAAACGAGAGUAAAUAAUGAAUUAAAUUGUGCAAGAGAAAUGGCAGGAAAAGUUGCAUCAGAAAGUUUAGAUGAAAGAAACAAUAUUUUUAGUAUGGUUGCUAGUGGCUCGAAAGGGUCUAUUAUAAAUAUAUCACAAAUUAUAUCAUGUGUAGGGCAACAAAAUGUAGAAGGAAAACGAAUUCCAUUUGGAUUUAACCAUAGAUCUUUACCUCAUUUUAUCAAAUUUGAUUAUGGGCCUGAAAGUAGAGGGUUUGUUUCAAAUUCAUAUUUAAGUGGUCUUACACCACAAGAAGUUUUUUUUCAUGCCAUGGGAGGAAGAGAAGGUAUUAUAGAUACAGCUUGUAAAACAUCCGAAACUGGGUAUAUACAAAGAAGAUUAAUUAAAGCUAUGGAAGAUGUUAUGGUUCAGUAUGACAGAACUGUUAGAAAUUCAUAUGGAGAUAUUAUUCAAUUCUUAUAUGGAGAAGAUGGUAUGGCAGGAGAAUAUAUAGAAGAUCAAAUCAUUGAUCUUAUGAGAUUAGACAAUAAAGAAAUUAGAAAAUUAUACAAGUACAAUUUUGAUAAUGAUGAUGAUGAAGAGGACGACAAUGAUGGUGAAAAUAAUUAUCAAAAAAAUUUCUAUCUAACAAAAGCAGAAGAAAGAAAAAAUUCAUACGUAGAUUACAGCAAACAAAGCAUACUAAAUCAAGAGUUUGAAGAAUUAUUAAAAUGUAAAAAUAAUAUAUGUACAGAAAUAUUCACUGAUGGAGAUACUAGACAACACUUACCUAUCAACAUGAACAGAUUAAUUGAAUUUGCCAAGUCACAGUUCCCAUUUGUUCCUCAUCUUAUGAACAAAUCGAAAAAUCAGAAUACUGAUCAGAUCAGGCCUAAUAUCAAUUUGCCCGAUGGGAGAAAGAAGAAAAGAAAAAAAAAAAAAAAAAAAAAAAAAAAAAAAAAAAAAAAGGAAUCCAAGCAAAUCCUUGAAGGAAGCAAUGUGAAUGAUGAUCCGAAGGACCAAAUGAAAAAUAAUGAUUUAUUGUCAGAGAUUAAGAAGGAGUAUGAAAACAAUGAUCUCACAAGUGUUAUGAAAAAUCAGAACGCGUAUAGCGGAUUCGAACCAUUUGAUGAGGAUCUCGGAGCGGAAGAACGUAGAACAUAUAGUGGAGAAAAAGGAUGUAGUGAUGAGAGUGGUGAUGAGAGUGACGAUGAGAGUGGAGAUGAGAGUGUUGACGAGAGUGGUGACGAGAGUGACGAUGAGAGUGUGCGAGAAAGCGACUAUAACUAUUAUUACAGCGAAAACGGAUCCAUGAUGAAUCCCAUAGAUAUUAUUCACAAAGUGAAUAACUUUUUGGAAAAACUGGUUAUCAUAAAGCAGAUAAACAGUAGUGAUACCCUGUCGCUGGAGGCACAAAAUAACGCGACUGUGUUGCUGAAGGCACAUUUAAAAACGUAUCUAAAUUCUAAGUUACUGAUACAGACGCAUAAAAUAAGCAUGAAGGGAAUCGAUUGGUUGUUGCAAGAAAUUGAAAAGAUUUUCUAUAAAUCACUUUGUCAUCCUGGGGAAUGUGUUGGUGCAUUAGCAGCUCAGUCUAUUGGAGAACCUGCAACUCAGAUGACAUUGAACACUUUUCAUUUUGCUGGAGUGGGUUCAAAAAAUGUAACUUUAGGGGUUCCAAGAUUGAAAGAAUUAAUUAAUAUUGUAAAAAAUGUGAAAACUCCUUCAACCACUAUUUAUUUAGAUGACAUGGUAUCGAAUGAUCAACAAAAAGCUAAGGACAUUUUAACAAAAUUGGAAUACACAACAUUGAAACAGCUAACUUCACAUGCACAAAUUAUAUAUGAUCCAAAUACAAGUAGCACUGUGUUAGAAGAAGAUAAAUUAUGGGUAAAUGAAUUUUAUGAAUUCCCAGAUGAAGAUGAUACUCAGUUUACUUUGGGAGAAUGGGUUCUAAGGAUUCAGCUAACCAAUAUACAUGUAAAUGAGAAAAAACUAACCAUGAAAGAAAUUGUAUAUAUAAUUUAUUCAGUCUUCUCUAGUGAUGAAUUAGACAUUAUAUAUACUGAUGAUAACUCUGAAGAUUUAAUUCUAAGAAUUAGGGUUAAAUAUCUAAAUGGAGAAUACAACUUUUUGAAUGAAGAUGGGGAUAAUGCAAAUGAAGGGGAGUAUGAAGAUGAGGAGGAGGAGGAAGAAGAAGAUGGAGAAGAAGAAGAAAAUGGCAGGCAAGAUGAGAAGAAAUACAACAAAAAUGCUGAUACGUUUAAGACCAAAAAGAACAUCACAACUAAUGAGAAGGAGGAAGAGGAAGAUGAUGAUGCUGUGGUUAUUGCACAGAAGAAUAAUCAUGAUGGAGAGGAUGAUAACCAAAGCGUAAGUAGCAAUAAUUCACAACAGCAUAGCAUAAAAAGUGAAAAUCGAUUCGGAGAUGGAAACGGUAGUAGUAGUAGUAGCUAUAAUAGUGAUGAAAACAGUGAUAUAAAUCUAGAAUUAAGUCACGAAAAAGGGGUAAAUGAUAAAAGAAAAAAAAAAAAUAAGAAUAUAAUGAGUGGAGAGAAGCCCAAGAAGCUGAAGGAAGAAAACCUGGAUCGAAAUGCAGAUCGAUCAGAAAAAUAUGUAGAAUAUUAUGAAGAAGCAGAUUUGUUUCUAAAAAGUGAAGGUAGAAAAGCAGACGUUUCAAAUGGAAAAGGAUUGAUGAAUCCAGAUGACAUGCUUGGAAAAUCCAAUUCGAAAUAUAUGGAAGAAGACGAAAAUAUGAAGGGAAAAAGUAGCGCUAGUGCUAGCAAUUCAGCAGGGGAAACAGGAAAUGGAAAUGCUACUUUCGAGAAUAACGGUGGGAGUAGUGGCACUGGAAAUGGCAAUAACAACAAUGGCAAUAUGAACGAGGUAAAUUUAAACAGCAUUCGUAAUAUGAACAAUCUGAAUAAUCAGUUUAGUAUGAAGGAAGACACGGAGGAUACGUUUUUAAAAAAAUUAAUGGAACAGUGCUUAUCCACAUUAAAAUUAAGAGGAAUCGAAAAUAUUACAAAGGUGUAUAUGAGAGAAGAAUCUAAAAUUACGUACGAUUCAGAGAAUGGAAAAUUUGUAAGAAGUUCUCAUUGGGUGUUAGACACAGAUGGAUGUAAUUUAGAAAACAUAUUUUGUGCAUCGCAUGUUGAUUAUAAAAAAACAGUGUCAAAUGAUAUAGUAGAAAUAUUUGAAGUACUAGGUAUAGAAGCAGUGAGAAGAGCUUUGUUGAAAGAAUUAAGAACAGUUAUUUCUUUUGACAGUUCAUAUGUGAAUUAUAGACAUUUGUCUAUUCUUUGUGAUGUAAUGACACAGAGAGGAUAUUUAAUGUCUAUAACGAGACAUGGUAUAAAUAGAGUUGACAAAGGUCCCUUAGUAAAAUGUAGUUUUGAAGAAACAGUAGAAAUUCUCCUAGAAGCAGCAGCAUUUGCACAAGUUGACAAUCUGAAAGGAAUAACAGAAAAUAUUAUGCUUGGUCAGCUAUGUAAAAUUGGAACUGGUGUUUUUGAUAUAAUAAUAGAUAACCAGAAAUUAAAUGAUGCAAAUCAAAAUUUAGAAACUAUACAAGAUAUAACAAGUGCUGGAUUUACAACACCAGAUAGUCACCAUGGAAUCACUCCAGAUGGGCUUCAAUCCCCAGUAGCUAUAAAUACAUUAAAUUCCCCUUUACCAUUUUCACCAACGUAUAAUGCAAACUUAUUAUCUCCAACAGCACCAAUUGAUAGUGUCAAUUGUAUAUUAUCACCACAAUGUAUACAAAAUUAUAGUGAAAAUAAUAAUCCAGAUAAUAUUAUGUCUCCAUCGAAAAACGAUUUCAACAAUUUAGAUACAUUAAAAUUAGGAGGGAAAUUUUCACCUACGCAAUCCCCAAAAUCUCCCACAUCUGUUAUGCACUCUCCUUUCUCUCCAUUUGAUAGUCAUAAUCAACAAACAAUCGAUCCAAGUUUAUUAUUUUCACCCAAACAUAAUAAUAAUAGCAACAUCAUGAUGAAUUAUAAUGUUUUUUCACCCAAGGCAAAUAUGAACAAUAUACAAUCUCCAGCUAUGAUGUAUUCUCCAAAUCCUGCAUUAGAUAUAUUUUCUCCAAAACAACAGAUGCAAAAUCAUAUUUAUUCUCCGUCGUAUUCCCCAACAUCUCCAACAUAUAACCCAACUAACAACACGGGUUCUGUUAAUGUUAACAUAGCUAGCAGUACAGGGAUAAACAAUAGUAUUAAUUCUCCCUAUUAUUCUCCAACGUCUCCAAAUACACAUCUAAACGAUAUGAACCCAAAUAUGAUGAAGUAUCAUAAUGUUAUGUCACCUGCUUAUUCGGUUGCUUCUCCCAAGUAUUCUCCAACAUCUCCAAAGUACUCUCCAACAUCUCCAAAGUACUCUCCAACAUCUCCAAAGUAUUCUCCAACAUCUCCCAAGUAUUCUCCAACAUCUCCAAAGUACUCUCCAACAUCUCCAAAGUAUUCUCCAACAUCUCCCAAGUAUUCUCCAACAUCUCCAAAGUACUCUCCAACGUCACCAGUUCCUAACAAUCCUAGUAGUCCACACUAUUCACCAUAUGCCAUAGCAUCUCCCAAGUUUUCUCCAACAUCCCCUGCAUAUUCAGUUACCUCUCCUGUGUAUGAUCGAGAUGGUAAUGUCAGAAAUAAGACCCAGCAACAGCAGAACCCCUUGUCCCCUGCCUAUAUACUGCAAUCGCCUGUACAGGUAAAACAGCACAUACAAGAUGUUAAUGUUUUUUCACCCAUUCAACAAGGGAAUUACAAGGAGGAGCAGAACGAUGAUCCAUUUUCUCCCAUACCGUACAACAUGGAGGAGGAUGAAAUGCAGCAGUGA